CAGAUUGAGCGUUCCUGGAAAGGGAAGUGGCGAGUUUGGCCUAGCGAUCAAGAGAGGCUGGUCAGGGAAGGAAAGGAACCUCAAAUUAGACAUUUCCAAACCACGCCUCACCUCGAUUCACCUUCACUCCUCGACCUCGACCUCGACGUCUCCUCCUCCACCUCCUUUACUUGCUGUCGCUGGUCCCGCCGUCGUCGCAUUGAGUCGUCCGCGACUCAGCUACUGCAAUUAACUCUUGCGACGAUCAAGGCCGGACGGACUCGAUCUACGGCCGAAGAAUAAUUGGAGCUCUUUUAUCUGCACUCAGGGCCGACACCACAACAGUUGUUCCAACAGUUCUAGGACAUUCGUAAUACAAGAUGGGGUCAACGCAGUUCGGGAACUUCCACAACUUCUGCAGAGAUAGUACAUUGCCGAUAUGUAAUAUCUUCCCUGGAUUCAGCUACAAUAAUUCCGCGGGGUUUGCAGGAGGAUGCGAACUUACAGGCAUACCACUUAGCCAUGGACGACAUCUGGGCAAUUUGGGUUCUAUACUUCUCUGUGGAAUAGCAAUUGUGGUCACAGCCUUCCUCCUAUGGCGAUCGGAACAGAAGCAAGCGGCUGUGGGACGGAGAGAGAUGCAAGUUUUCCUCGUCGGAUACAUCCUCAUCGAGAUCUGCGAAAUCUUCACUGUUGGAAAAUUCCCAUUGAAUAAUACGGUUCGAAUUGCGUUUACUGGAAUGCAUCUGGGCUUCAUAGUUGCGACUUUAUGGAUUCUAAUGCUCAAUGCAGUGGUGGGAUACCAAUUACUGGAUGAUGGAACACCAGUCUCGGUUGGUCUUAUGGUUGGCUCUGCGGUAGCACUCUUCACCGGAACUGGUUACAUUACGCUCGACACAGGUUACAAUUGGACUGGUCAUUUCCACGACAGCUUGUCUGGCAACAACAGGAACAUUCCACUCUAUGUGCUCUACCAAUUAGCUCCUCUCGUCUUCCUGUUCGCCUUCUUUGUCCUGGAAACCGCAUUGGUCAUUCGAGUCCUAGGAGAACGCAAACCCAUGAUCUACCUCGCUGCAGCUGCUCUGCUCUUCGCUAUCGGUCAGAUCUUCAACUACGUGGUCAGCGUACACAUCUGCCACGGCACGAGUGGAAAAAUCGACGGAGCCCUCUUCGAAACUCUCUUCACGCUUCUGGCUGUCGUUAUGGUCUGGGUAUUCUGGUCAAGCAUCACGGAAGAUGAUUGGCCAAUGCCUAUCAACAAUACAUACUCAUGAUCGCGACAAUGGACCGAAGCAUAGAAAACGGAGUUCGGGAGGUUACUUAUUUUACGAGCAUCAUACGUCCUUAGACGAUAUUGUUUAAAUUACUGCACGAGUGCAUUUUCGCUAGGAAGGGGAAUUAAGUCAUAAGGGAUGAGGAUUAGGCAUUGGCAGAUACUUCCUCUGUGGAGGUAAUCAAAGUUGAGGGGCUAGGAAAGUUCUGCUUCUGGAGAGAGGGGGGAGAUUCAGUAUCUUUGACGAUGCUGCUCAUUCGGCGAUGAGCUUGUACAUGAUUUUCGAUGUUAGUAGUAUACCCACAUGUAGCGCAUAAUGGAAGACGCAAUGAUUACAAACAGAAGGGACUUGAUCCAUGUUUUUCUUGGUGAUUGAA